GUGAGUAACACCUACGUUUUGGCCCCAGGUCACUUUGGAAGGAUUUGAUUGAAUGGGCCUGUAGCUGACACUGGGCCUAACCCUAUAGCUAUAAAACACACUUUUACUUGUUUUAUUAUUACGCAGAAACGCCCAUUAAAGGAAAACCACCAUUUGGGAUAUUUGGAUGUUUUUCAUUUUCAACACAUGACCUGAGGGAAAGCUGCCGAGCCAGGGGCGGUUCUCCCUCGCCCAGAUUCGGUGGCGGCAGGUGAGCAGCUUGUGGACACACGGCAGCCUUCAGAGGCGCUGACUGCGGGGCGUAAGUAGCUCUCCAGGGUGCUGAAGACGCAGCGCCCGCAGCCCUGCCCGUCACUUCCAGCCCCUGUAAUCCCAACACCAUGACUCCGCUGCUGCUGCUGCGCCUGAGCCACCCCGUGCGUCCUCGGGCUUGAACAGGCGAGGCGUGGGCGAUGGCCAGGUGAGGGGACACCCGAGAGGACACCUGUGAGACCCUCUCAUCGGACCUUGACACUGCCCCCGAUGGAUUCAAAGAAAUGGUGAGUUAAUUCGCUGUUGUCACGCGGCAGUGUCUUAGCGCGCAAACAUAUACAGUUUGUAUUUUCCGUAUUCUGCAGGUGUCACUGGUGUGAGUUAUAAUAGCGAAGUGAACACAAAGAUCCACUCCCUCGGACACCCUGGAAGGACAAUGCAACAUAUUCCUCCAAACUUCAGAGGGGCGCUAUGGGAGUCAAACCAUCCAUGUGUGCCUAACAUUAAAAGUAGGCCCACUCUGACCUCACUGCCCUUCUAUAACUUCCUGCUAUGGGUCCUCAUCGGAGUGUUGACGUUCCCUUGCUGUGUCCGGUGUUUGAUAUUCAAAGUGGGGGUCUUGGGGCCCUGGAACUGCGACCCUGUGUACUACAGGGCGCUGCCCGCCGCCGCCGCCCGGCUCGCUGUGAACAGAAUAAACGGAGACCUGAACCUGGACCUGGGCCUGAAACUUGACUUCAUCAUCCUCCAGGAGCCCUGCGAAACAUCCAAGGCUCUCACCGCCUUUAUUUACUACGAGCAGAUGGCGGACGCGUUUCUCGGCCCCACCAACCCGGGAUACUGCGUGGCGGCCUCCCUGCUGGCCAAGAACUGGGAUAAGGCCAUCUUCUCCUACGGAUGCCUCAGCUACGAGCUGGAACGCGCCACAGGAUACCCGACGUUUGCCAGGACGGUGCCGUUUCCAAUUGACGUGUUGUUCAUCGUGCUGAAGCACUUCAGGUGGGCCAGUGCUGUGGUGGUGUCGUCCAACGAGGAUAUCUGGGUGGACACUGCCAGCAGAGUGGCCGCCGCUCUGAGGAACAAGGGUCUUCCCAUCGGCCUGGUCACAUCUAUGGGUCUGAAUGAGACGGAGGUGGAGAGCACGCUGUGGAAGAUCCAGGAUGCAGGAGAGGUCAGAGUCAUAAUCAUGUGCAUGCACUCAGUCCUGGUUGGAGGUGAGCAGCAGGCUACUUUUCUCCUCAAAGCACAGAAAAUGGGCAUGACUUCUGGGAGGUACGUGUUUGUGCCCUUCGACACUCUCCUCUACAGUGUGCCCUACACCAACAUUUCCUACGUGCCUCUGCAAAACAACAGCAGCCUGAGGGAGGCCUACGACGCCGUGCUCACAGUCACCAUGGCCUCAGAGCCUCUGUCCUUCAACGAGGCGUUCGCUGCGGCCAAGAGGAGUGAGGAAGUGACAGUGGCCGUGCAGCCAGAGCAGGUAAACCCACUAUUUGGGACCAUCUAUAACAGCAUCUACAUCCUGGCCAAGUCCAUCCACAGCGCCCGGAGAGCAGGUAUGCAGCUGUCAGCCUCAAACCUGGCCUACUUCACCAGGAACACAACCUUCAGUGGUUUCAACCAGAGGGUCAAGUUGGACAAUACCGGGGAAGUCAAGACCAACUAUGUCGUCCUGGACACUGACAACAGCGGGAGUCAGCUGUAUCAGACGUAUGUGGUGGAUCUGACGAGCAGAGUGCUUCGUUUUGCAGGGAGGUCCAUUCACUUUCCAGGAGGAUCCCCUCCGUCGUCUGAUUCCAAGUGCUGGUUUGAAAAGAACGCCGUUUGCACAGGAGGUGUGGAGGUCACCUACAUCAUAGUGGUGUUGGCUGUUAUCUUGACUCUGGCUGUAGGAGGACUCGCCAUAAGUCUUUAUAUCAGGCGGCGACUCCAACAAAUCCAGCUGGUCAAAGGUCCCAAUCGGAUCUUGCUUACCUUAGAGGAUCUCACUUUUAUCAACCCCCAGCUUAGCAAAAAGAAAAUCACUUUAGAGGAUCUGAGCGAGUCAAAGAGCGCUCUGGAGGAGAAAUCUGCAGACUGCUCACACUCUGUGAACAGCAUGCAGACUGCAACUCAUGACUCCACCAAUGUAGCCGUGUAUGAGGGCGACUGGGUUUGGCUGAAGAAAUUUCAGGGGGGGCAGUUCAAAGAGGUGAAGCAGAGCACAACAAAGAUUUUCACAAAGAUGAAGGACCUGAGAAAUGAGAACGUCAACCCGUUCCUGGGCUUCUUUUCCCACUGCUCCAUGUUCGCGGUGGUGACGGAGCACUGCUCGCGGGGAAGUCUGCAGGACCUGCUGAAGAACGAGGACGUAAAACUAGACUGGAUGUUCAAGUCCUCGCUCUUGCUCGACCUCAUCAAGGGUAUGAAAUACCUUCACCACAGAGAAUUCCCCCACGGCAGACUAAAAUCUCGUAACUGCGUGGUGGACGGGCGUUUUGUCCUCAAGAUCACUGACCACGGCUUCAAUGAGAUGCUUGAAUCUCAGAAAGCUCCUCUAGAGGAACUUCCACCUGAAGAUCUAUUUUGGACAGCUCCAGAGUUCCUGAGGGACCUGGCAAGCUCACGUAAAGGGACCUCUAAGGGAGAUGUAUACAGCUUUUCUAUUAUCCUCCAAGAGGUGGUGGUCAGAGGGCUGCCAUACUGCAUGCUGGGUCUACCACCUGAGGAGAUCAUCCGCAAGGUGAAAAAGCCUCCUCCAAUGUGCCGCCCCACCGUGGCACCGGACCAGGCUCCACUGGAGUGUAUCCAGCUGAUGAAGCAGUGCUGGAGCGAGAUGCCCGACCGCAGACCAAACUUUGAAGAGAUCUUUGACAGGUUCAAGAUUAUCAACAAAGGCAAAAAGACCAACAUUAUCGACUCCAUGCUGAGGAUGCUGGAGCAGUACAGCUCCAACCUUGAGGACCUCAUUAGAGAGAGAACAGAAGAGCUGGAGGUGGAAAAGCAGCGGACAGAAAAACUGUUGUCUGAGAUGCUCCCGCCCUCUGUUGCCGAGGCUCUGAAGACCGGCGCCACAGUGGAACCAGAGUAUUUCGACCAGGUGACAAUCUACUUCAGCGACAUUGUAGGUUUCACCACCAUCUCGUCGCUUAGUGAUCCCAUCGAGGUGGUCGACCUCCUCAAUGACCUCUACACUCUGUUCGACGCUGUGCUCAGUAGCCACGAUGUCUACAAGGUGGAGACCAUUGGUGAUGCUUACAUGGUAGCAUCAGGUCUGCCAAAGAGAAACGGCAACAAGCACGCUGCUGAGAUCGCACACAUGUCUCUGAACAUCCUCAGCUCAGUGGGAACCUUCCGUAUGCGGCACAUGCCAGACGUGCCCGUCAGGAUACGAAUAGGAAUCCACUCAGGGUCCUGUGUUGCUGGAGUGGUAGGUCUGACCAUGCCUCGGUACUGCCUUUUUGGGGACACCGUCAACACUGCCUCUCGUAUGGAAUCCACUGGGCUGCCUUAUAGAAUCCAUGUGAACAUAAGCACGGUGAAGAUCCUCCACUCUCUUAAUGAAGGUUAUAAAAUAGAAGUCAGAGGCAAGACAGAGUUGAAGGGUAAAGGUAUUGAAGAGACAUACUGGCUUGUGGGGAAAACAAACUUUACAAAGCCUUUGCCAAACCCACCAGAGAUCAAACCAGGGGACAACUGGCAGGAGAUGGUGACAGAGGAGAUCAAGACACUUUUUCGCAAGGCCAACAGGCAGGUGGACAAAAAGAUCUGAGUGAGAGAAAGAAGCAAAACCCGGAGAGAAGAGGAGAGGAGGACACAUCCAGAGAGCUGGGCAGGGCGGGCAGGGGACAGAGGCCACCACCCAGCCUCUCACUCUGGCUUAAUGCAGACUUGUUUAAGAGGAU